UGAGUCUGUCCAUGAAGCAUCCAUUCCAUUGUAACACAUGACAUACAACUAUAGUUAGGCUUUGACAUUUCAAUUAGAGAAAGUCAUAUCAACAUGAGAAGGAGCUACAUCCAACCAUCAUCAGAUCUCAAGAAAAUAGAGGAAAAGGUUACUACCAACAUGAGGGAGAAGAUGAGAAACUCAUCAACUUCAUUAUCAUAUGAUCAUAAUGAGGUAAAGAAAGUUGAGGACUCCUUUGAAACAAAUAAGAAGCUAGAGAGGAAGACUACAGAAGACAUCAAUGCCAGUGCUGAUGCCUUCAUCAAGAAUUUCAGGAAACAACUCGUGAUUCAAAGGCUUCAAUCCAUUGAGAAUUAUGAGAAAAUGCUUGCAAGGGGUCUCUAGCACUAUACUAUAUAUAUAUAUAUAUAUAUCAUCAUGAUUAUUAUAUCAUAUAUAUAACUACCUAUAAUAUAAUUAAUGUUUAAGUUUGGUGUAUGCAUUAUAUCAUCAUCUAUAUAUAUAUAUAUAUAUAUAUAUAUAUAUAUAUAUAUAUAGCUUGAUUUGUUGUUUCCUAGCUUUUACUCUCUUUAAUAAUUUUUGAAGAAGCAUACAUGGUUUAGAUGUAUAAGAUCAGAAAUAAGGUGCGCAACCAAUUAUACUGUCCCUAUAUUUUGCAUUACAAUAGUGCCCAAAAGAGGAAUUGGUUCAUGCAUUUUUCAUCUGGCUUGUUAGAGGAGUUUUAAUGUGAGAGAUGAGAGCAUUAAAGGACAACCAUUAGAUUAUAACUAACGGUUCAGAUCUUGUGUUAUCUUUAAA